UCCCCCGAAGCAGCAACGUCGCUCCUCUCCGCCCGGAUCGCGAUGGCCGCCGCCGCCGUCGCCGUCGACUCCAAGAUCGACAACCUCCGCGACGCCGUCACCAAGCUCGGCGAGAUCAGCGAGAACGAGAAGGCCGGGUUCAUCAGCCUCGUCUCGCGCUACCUCAGCGGCGAGGCGGAGCAGAUCGAGUGGAGCAAGAUCCAGACCCCCACCGAUGAGGUGGUGGUGCCCUACGACACCCUCGCGCCCCCUCCCGAAGAUCUCGACGCCAUGAAGGCCCUGCUCGACAAGCUCGUGGUGCUCAAGCUCAACGGAGGCCUCGGCACCACCAUGGGCUGCACCGGCCCCAAGUGAGCACCCCACCCCACCCAUCCUCUUCACUGCUCC